AUGCUCGAUGUGCUAAAUAUUUUUUUUUCUUGCAGACAAAAUCCAGAAACUACCUUUGAAGUGUAUGCUGAAGUAACCUAUUCAGGAACCAGUUGCACUGGAAAAGAUCCUGAGGUGCGGAGGCAAUUCCCAGAGGACUACAGUGACCAGGAAGUUCUGCAGACUUUGACCAAGUUUUGUUUCCCCUUCUAUGUGGACAGCCAUGCAGUUAGCCAAGUUGGCCAGAACUUUACGUUUGUGCUUACAGACAUUGACAGCAAACAGAGGUUUGGAUUCUGUCGCUUAUCUUCUGGGACCAAGAGCUGCUUCUGUAUCUUAAGUUACCUCCCAUGGUUUGAAGUCUUUUAUAAGCUACUCAAUGUCUUGGCAGAUUAUUCAGCAAAAGGACAGGAUAGUCAAAGGAGUGAGCUCCUAGAAACACUUCAUAAACUUACCAUCCCUGAGCCAGGAACUCCUGUUCAUCUUGGAGUGCACUUGUACUUUACUGUGCCCGACAUCAGAGAACUUCCUAGUAUACCUGAAAAUAGAAAUCUAACAGAAUAUUUUGUAGCAGUUGAUGUCAACAACAUGUUGCAUCUCUAUGCCAGUAUGCUGUAUGAACGCCGCAUCCUCAUUUGUUGUAGUAAGCUGAGCACUUUAACUGCCUGCGUUCAUGGGUCUGCAGCUAUGCUCUACCCAAUGUUCUGGCAACAUGUUUACAUUCCUGUUCUGCCCCCACAUCUAUUGGACUACUGCUGUGCCCCAAUGCCCUACCUCAUUGGAAUACAUUUAAGUUUGAUGGAGAAAGUUAGAAACAUGGCCCUGGAAGAUGUGGUGAUUCUUAAUGUAGACACUAACACACUGGAAACCCCUUUUGAUGACCUUCAGAGCCUUCCCAAUGAUGUGGUUUCUGCACUGAAGAACAGGUUGAAGAAAGUCUCUACAACCACUGGAGAUGGCGUUGCAAGAGCAUUCCUAAAAGCACAAGCAUCUUUCUUUGGGAGCUACAGAAAUGCACUGAAGAUUGAACCUGGUGAGCCGAUCACUUUUUGUGAAGAGACGUUCGUGUCCCAUCGCUCUGCCGUCAUGAGGCAGUUCCUGCAGAACGCCAUCCAGCUCCAGCUCUUCAAGCAGUUCAUUGAUGGCCGCCUGGAUCUUCUUAACUCUGGAGAGGGCUUCAGUGAUGUUUUUGAAGAAGAGAUAAACAUGGGAGAAUAUGCUGGUAGUGACAAAUUGUACCACCAGUGGCUCUCUACAGUAAGGAAAGGAAGUGGAGCCAUUUUAAAUACAGUAAAGACCAAGGCUAACCCUGCCAUGAAGACUGUCUAUAAAUUUGCAAAAGAUCAUGCAAAAAUGGGAAUAAAAGAAGUGAAAAACCGCUUGAAGCAAAAGGACGUAGCUGAGAACGGCUGCUCUGCGGCACCAGAAGAGUCUCUGCCAAGGCCAGCGCCUUCUCCCUUGGUUGAAAAGAAGGACCCUAAAUUAAGGGAAGAUAGAAGACCAAUCACAGUACAUUUUGGUCAGCAGCAAAGACUCCGUCCGCCUCGGCCACCGCCUCCAAAGAUACAGCGUUCAUCUAGGCCCGUUCGGCCUCCGAGACCUCAUGUUGUUAAGAGACCCAAGAGCAAUAUUGCUGUGGAAGGGCGAAGGACUUCGGUUUCUAGUCCAGAACAGCCGCAGCCGUAUCGAGCCCUGAAAGAAUCUGAUAGUGCUGAUGGGGAAGAGGCUGCCAGUCCGGAGAAAGGCAAAGAAGCUCGGCCGCCGAGCCCGCUGCUCUCGGGCAAGGCUGCCGAAAUCAACCUCCUUGAAGACAUUUUCCCUAACUUGGAAGUGGAAACGCAGCCUCAGCCUCUCAGCCAAGCUAAAAGCCUAGAAGACCUGCGGACUCCCAAAGAAGAGGGAGAUCAGCGAUGCACUUUUGAAUACCAGAGAAUGGAUCUUGGUGUGUCUGAGAGGAACAGGAUUGUGCCAACCAUGAAGCUCUCUCACCCCUACAGCAAGCUGUGGAGCAUGGGUCAUGAUGAUAUGGCUAUUCCUACCAAGUAUUCCCAAAGCUCACCAGAAAGGCCCUUGACUGCACUUGGCAACAUGCCACCAAUCGCAAGGAGACCCCGUAGUAGAGACAGUGUGCUGGCUCCUGCAGAAAAAGAUGAAUCAAGUCCAGCCCCUCAAGGGAACAUCACUAUUCCUAGGCCACAGGGAAGAAAGACUCCUGAACUGGGGAUAGUCCCACCACCACCAGCACCUCGGGCUUCCAAGCAUCAGACUGGGUCAACAGAAAUUCUCACCACCCACGCUACAGGACGUAGCCCUUUGGUUUCAGAUCUUAUCCCAGAGCCCUUUGGACUUGGUAAUGCGUCCCGAGAUCCUGAAAUCCAGCAGGCUGUAAAUUACUCCUCUCAUCCAUCCCAGCUUCUGUCCAGUGCUGCCAGCACUGCUGAGAUGCUCCAGCCUGUCAAGGUGAAGACAGAUAAUGCAGGCAAUGAAAGCGACUACCUUCUUAGCCUGCUGGAUCCAUUAAAAACUGCCAACUGGCAAAGCACUGGCCCACAGCAAGGCCCCCACAGCCUGCAAAGCUCGGCCGUUCCACCUCCUGCAGCUGGCUUUGCCUCAGUGGCAAGUGACUUUGCGCCCUCUCCAGCUGCACCGUUUGUCCAGCCGCUCGGCUAUGCUUCCCCAGCACCACCUUUUCUACAGCCAUCUCCUAAUCCAUUUACACAAACAGUGCCAGGAGCCCUCCCAGUGUCUCUAGUUAGACCCCCAAGGGGUUCUUUCACCCCCUCCCUAGGUCAUGCUUAUAGUUCUAGCUUCAUAGCACCUAAUUCUGGUUUCUACCAACCACAAAGACCUCAGCCAAACAUUUCAACACUGUCCAUGCCCAACUUGUUUAGCCAGGCUCCAGCUGUGCCACCAGCUAGCGCCUUAUUGCUGCAGAGCCACAGCCUUUCUCCAACAAGCUCUCUCCAGCCAGCAUGUUUAAGUGGUCCUUCUAAAAGUAGAACAUUGCAGGUGGGCCAGUCCAGCUCAAAGAUAGAUACCAAACAAGCACUAGCUCUCUUGUCUAAUGAACCCCCUUUGAUCCCUUCCAGGCCAGCUAAGGGCUUAGAGUCAGUGUUAAUACCCUCAAAAUCUGAGGAGACAAAAGAUCCAUUUGAAGAGUUAUUAAAAAAGACAAAGCAAGAGGUAUCGUCCACACCAGGUAAGGUCGAACAGCUCAGAAAGCGAUGGGAAACCUUUGAGUAAGACUCCCAAUGGCCUUUAGGACGUGCCUUUGGGAGUGACAGGGUUUUUGUUUUAUUUUGUGUUUUGUGCCAGCAUAAAACCAAGUAGGUCUUUUGGAAGGCUUAGCCAGGAUGACUGCCGUGCUGCGAUUCACAGUGCUUUUGCCCAGAGUUUUUUUUCUUGGGAGUCCCUGCAUUGUCCUGGUCCCGGCAGCUGUUUUCUCGCUCCUCACUCUCCACCACUGAAACCCUCACCGUGACUCUUACACUGACCAAAGCAUGAAGGUGGUUGGGGUUUGGUUUGGUUUGAUUUUCCACAUACAGCUUCUCAGACAAUACUGCUGAUGUAGAAGUUGCUCCUUCCCUUGUAUUUUCAGUCCUUGGCACAGCCGGGAGCAUGACACGGCAUGUUAUACUAGUGGUUUCUUCCUGCCUGUGUGAAUGGCGCUCAGCUCAGUUCAGUUAUUCCUGCCUUAUUCGUAUAGCCCAUAGUGUUUUGCUUUCACAUGUUAAAAGUGCAGCAAACAGACCCAGACUUGAGGGCUGUGCUGAAUUAAUCCACGAGGCUUAAACUGAGUUUGUCCUGGCUUGAAAUACAGGCAUUCAUUUGGGUUAUGCAAUUGGAUGAGCUUUUGUAGUAGAUUUUUAAUUUCCCUCCCCCAAUACACCAACCCUGAGAGGUCACAGGGACUGCGCUGGUGCACAAUUGUCAUAGUUCUUUGUUGCAACAAAACCACAGCACAGAGCAGAGCAUCCUGCUGCUGCUCAGGGUUUGGUCCUGGGUCUCUGUUGGGAAACUGGAAACACCAGCAAUUGCUUGCUUUUUUUAUUUUUUUUAUUUUUUUUUAGCCAUGGGAAGAUAGAGUCCAUGAAGUGCAUCCUAGUUCUUAUGUAUGUUAAUCUUAUAUAUAAAUGUUAUAGAUGGCAGUACAGGAAUGGGAUGUAACUAUCUUAUUUGAUUAUUAAAAACAAGAAAUAUAGAGAAAAAUUGGGGUAUAAAAGUUCCCAGCUCAUGCAUGCAAGUUAAGUGCCAGUAUGCUGAGAGCUGGUCUACGUGCAGGCAGAUGAAGGCUGUAGCGCCUGGGCUGUACAGCGAGAAAUGAGACUCCCAAGUGGCUCAGAAUAAGCAGUGUCAUGUUGGACCACAACUACGUGGCAGCUGCCCGUCACUCCCCCGCUUCCCAAGUGCCCAUUGCUCCCCUGAAGCAACUGGGCUGCCGUUGUGGGCUGCAAGGCCCUCCCGCCGGGCUGAAAAGCCGCAGUCUUUAGCUGGCUUUUGCUGAGGACUUUUUGCUGGUGUAACAAGACUUUAACUGGACCGGGGACCGGACUAUGCGGUCAUGAAGUGCAAAAAGCAAUGAAAAGGUUAAAGGGUACGUUCGUUCUGAUUUUCUAAGACACUUAUCUGUGGCAAUAGUAUCCUUAAGUAGUUUCAGCUUAAUCUUAGCAUCUCUUUUAAAGCCUGCUGUCUUUACAGUGAUCAUUUUUGUGUUACUUGAGUGGUGCUUUUUUUUUGUUGUUGUUGUUUUGUUUUGUUUUGCUUUCUAUUUGGCACACUCUGAUUUAAAACAUGUUACUCCAGAAGAGGUAACCACAUCACCAUUAAGCCUUUGAUAAAGUAAAAGAAAUCGUUUUGGACACAUGGGAAAUUCUUAUAAAGCUUUAUCUAUCUAUCUGAAUUAUUUCCAAUGUAUCUAUUUUAGUCAUAUAACCUUGGAGAUUUUUCUUACUCUAAUAGAUGAAAAUGGCUGUCUAGGUGUUUGAGUCUGUGCAAUACAAAAGAAAAAUACUCUAAUAUCUGAAAUGCCAACAGUUUGGGAAAGACCGUAAUAUUGUAUUAGUAUAACUAUAUUUCUGUAAAGUACUGUUGCUCUUACAAGCCAUUCAGUUGAAUUUGUAUUUUCUUUUUGUGUUGGGAGACAGACAGUUCUGGUAUUGCAUAGUAAAAUAUCUAAAGUCUAAGACACUAGCACCAUUUUAUUUUAUACUGUUCAGAAUGAUAAUAUUAUGUAGAAAUUAUAAAGUCAGUCUGGAAGUUCAGUUCUCCUUUGCUAUGAGCUAGAUCAUAAAACUGUCUCAAUUCUGGUGGCUAUGUACAAGCACCAGAAAGAGCUGCGUAUGACUUAGCGUUUGAAUUUCACAUACUCUUUUUUUUUUUUUUUUUUAUUGUUGAAGUUGUACUGACUAUAUACUGAGUAGUCCUAUUACACAUGCUUAAUUAAAUAGGAAAAUGCUCAGGUACAUCUGUAUCAUUGCAAAUCAUUUAACAUCGCUGUUUAUUGUUUUACUUUGCCCCUAUUGUGUAGCAUAACUCCAAACCAGAGUACUUUAUGCAGUUGGGAUUUUUUUUGGACAAGAAAAAGCAUUCUGGGGUUGGGGUUUGUUUGUUUUUUAUAAGUCAAGUGUGAGGCACUGAAAACUAUUACCAUGUACCGUGUAAGUGGUAUCACUCACCCUUCAGUUUAUGUUAAAGGUUU